CUUAAGUUGAAGAAGAGUGACUCUGGAGAGUUCUAUCUCUCCCGUGGACUAGUCCUGAUUCUCAGGGAAACCACGUAAAUCUUGGCGUUGUGUUUGUGUUUAUUUUGAGUUCUUAACAUGGUAUCAGAGCCUCUCUUCUAAGGUUUUCGGCUGCUGUGUGUUUUUCGGCUGUUGUGGGCUUCUUCGGCUGCUUUGGGUUUCAGCUGCUGUGUGCUGUAUCUGUUCGCCAACUCGUCUCUUUGCUUUCGGAGCUUUUGUCUCGGCUGUCCAGGGUUCUUCUUCUCGGCUGCUUUCUGUUUAUUGGGAUUUCGGCUGCCUCUUGGUUUGGAGUCUUACUUGGCUGCGCAGGUUUUGUUCCCUGGGUUCUUUUAUUCUUGGAAUUCUAUUUUGGCUCUUUAUUUUGGCUAAGGAGUCUCCGCUCGACUGCUGUGUGGAAACUACUUGGAUUGCUAUUUAUUUUGGCUCGCUAGAAUAUUGUGUUGUGCUAUUGUUUAGUCUCGAUGGAUUCAGGAAAGCCCGAUGCUGUUGUGGCUCGCUUUGAUGGAAAGAAUUUUCCCUUAUGGGAAUUUCAAUUCCGUACGUUUGUUCAAGGCAAGCGCCUCCUUCCAUUGCUGCUGGGUACUCGUCCUAAGCCGGCUGAGUCCGAGGCUAAGGAGUUUGCCGAUUGGGAGGCGGAGAAUGCACAGGUCAUCACUUGGCUUGUGGCAUGUGUGGACGUUCCUACCGGGCUGAGUCUGCGCCGUUUUACGACGGCAAGUGCUAUGUGGAAGCAUCUAUGUACCACCAACUGUCAAGCUAAUGCAUCGCGUCAGUUUGCGUUGGAAACUGCCAUUGCUGGGUUGGCUCAGGGUCGUAUGGAUAUCCGCUCAUAUUAUCAGGAAGCCAUGAACCUCUGGACCGAGAGCGAUCUUCUCUCGGCAUCUAUCUCGACCGCUCAUACUCCUGAAGCUACUAUUGUGGAACGUACGCGUAGUCGUACAAUGCACUUCCUUAUGAAGUUACGUCCAGAAUAUGAGCCCAUUCGAGCUUCUCUUCUCCACCGUAAUGUGACUGAGUUGGAUGAAAUUCUGGCCGAGCUUUACAGAGAAGAAAUUCGGCUUAAAAGUCAGGCACAGGUUGACGCCGGUUCUGCUCGCUCCCUUGAGAAUUCCUCGGUGUUUGCGGCUACCUCUUUUCGGCCACACUUUCAGUCCUCAUCCUCGCAGAUGGGUGCCUCUGGUCAUGGUCCUCCUGGUGGUCAAGGGACUGCCCCUGUUCGCUUUUGUCAUUAUUGCAGGGAUCCUGGGCAUAUUCAGCCAUUCUGCCGGAAAAGAAAUUGGUGCAACUUUUGUCGUCAGGCUGGGCACAUCUUGAGCGAGUGUCCUAAACGGGGUCGUCGUUCACAUCCUCGUUCUGCUGGUCCUAGUUCUGCACCCGCUGCUUAUGCUGCUACUGAGGUGUGCACCGCGCCUACUCCCGGUGCUUUUUCAUCUGUCACAGGUGUCUCUAAGGAAGAGCUUACCAAGCUGAUCCACUCGGCGCUUCAGGAGGUGAUGCACUCCGCUUUCUCGACUGGUAAUGGUUCAGGUAACUCUCCCCACUGGCUUCUUGACUCAGCUGCUUUCAAUCAUAUGACAAAUCGUGUAGGGUCGUUCACAUCGCUUCGUCCGGUGACUCAACGAUUGCAAGUGGCUGACGGUACGAUUUUACCGGUUACUGGGAUGGGUCGGAUUGUGGAGUCUGGGCUUCAUCUGGAUAGGGUUCUUCAUGCUCCUAGAUUGGUUCCGAAUUUGAUUUCUGUGGGUCAACUUGCUGAGGAUGGGUGUGAUGUAAAAUUUGAUAAUAAUGGGUGUGUGGUGCAGGACUCGAGGACGGGGAUGGAACUCGGCCGGGGUCGUAAGCAUGGGCGCAUAUAUGUGAUGGAGUCUCUGCGUUCGCGGGACUUGUCUGGGUGUAGGCGUGAGCUGGCUGCUGGUGAUCAUGUUGAUGCUCGACUUGAUGUUUCCCGUGAUAGUUGUAGGAUGAACUCCUCUACAUUUCCUGUUGUUUCUGUCAAACAUUCUCUCAGUUCGGAUGUUCGGAAUUCUGUUUGGGAUCUUUGGCACUGCCGUUUGGGGCAUCCUCAUUCUUCUCGUUUAUUACAGAUGUUUUCGGAAAAAUUAUUGCCUGGUAAUUUUCGAGCUGCUUCAUUUUCUCCUCCCCCAUGUAUUAGUUGCAUUGAGGCUAAGGCUGCUCAACGAUCGUUCCCUACUAGUUCUACAGUUUAUGAUGCUCCGUUUGACCUGGUGCAUACGGACCUUUGGGGUCCAUCGCAGGUCCCAUCUCGCAAUGGAUUUCUUUAUUUUGCGUUGUUUAUUGAUCACCAUACCUGGUACACUUGGAUAUAUUUUUUGCGGCAUAAAUCUGAGCUUCUUACUCAUGCCCGAGACUUUGUUCGUAUGAUACAGACCCAGUUCCAAAAGACUAUUAAGAUUAUUCGUUCUGAUCCUGGUGGAGAGUUUAGUUCAAAUGAGCUGCUUGCAUUUUAUCGUUCGCAGGGUAUUCUCAGUCAGCAGUCUUGCCCAGGGGUAUCACAACAAAAUGGCGUGGUUGAGCGUAAAAACCGCCAUGUCCUCGAACUGACACGCGCUUUAUUGUUUCGUUCUGGAGUUCCCGCACGAUUUUGGGUGGAAGCAGCUAACACUGUCGUUCACCUCAUUAAUCGUCAGAUUACUCCAGUCCUUGAUAACUCUUCUCCCUAUCAGAAGUUGUAUUCCAAGUUGCCUGACUAUGGCGCCCUACGUGUUUUCGGGUGCUUAUGUUUUGUGCUACUUCCUCGCAAGGAGCGUCAUAAACUCGACCCCAAGACAGCUCGUUGUGUUUUUUUGGGAUACAGUGAUCGUCAUAAGGGGUACCUAUGUUAUGAUCCGGAGGGUCAACGGUUACGAAUUGGUUAUCAUGUUAUAUUUAUGGAGAAUGUCAUGUACUACUCCACCAAGAAGGAAUCCUCACGUGAGGAGUUUGCUCGUAGUCUUUCCUUUCUUGAAACCUUGGUGGUUGCUGACUCCGUGACAUUUGGUUCCCCUUGUGUUGUUCCUGCCGAGCCUACUCCCUCUCUUUCAUUGCAUGAUGGGGAUGGUACCGAGACAUCCUCCCCUGUGGGAUCCUUGGACAGUAGCAGUGAUGAGUCAUCGAGUAGUAGCCAUAGUGGAUCCAACUCCUCAUCACAUGACAUCUUAAAUAGCAGCAGUGAUGGGUCCUUGGAUUCUAGCUCAGGCAGUGAUGAAAGCAAUGAUCCUCCGUCACCGCCAGCCGGGCCUCGUCGAUCAGAUCGGGUAAACAAGGGCCAACCACCUCCUCGCCAUAAUGACUACGUCGUCUUUGCUGUGGAUCCCGUCACCUUUGCUGUUGAACCCAUUCAUGUACCUUCUCACUACAGAUAUGCAUGUGGUAUACCAGAGUGGGAUAAUGCUAUGAUAGAAGAAAUCGAUGCACUUGAAGAGAAUGAGACAUGGGAGGUGAUCCCCAGAACUCCGGAUAUGUCUGUUGUUGGGUGUAAGUGGGUGUUCACUGUGAAGCUUAAACCAGAUGGAUCACUUGAUCGAUAUAAGGCCAGGUUGGUAGCUCAAGGGUUCAGCCAGGAAUAUGGGAUUGACUAUGAUGAAACCUUCGCUCCUGUGGCGAAGAUGCAGACUGUUCGAUGUGUAUUGGCUGUAGCUGCAAUGCGGAAUUGGCCUCUGGUUCAGUUAGAUGUCAAAAAUGCAUUCCUGCAUGGAGAUCUGAAGGAGACUAUUUAUAUGGCAUGUCCAGCAGGGUAUUCGAAGGGUGGUCCUAACGUUGUUUGUCGAUUGAAGAAGUCUUUAUAUGGACUAAAACAGGCUCCACGUACCUGGUUUGAGAAAUUCCAUGGCACUGUUAUGCAGGCUGGCUUUGUGCAAAGUCAGAAUGAUCCAUCUUUGUUUUUGCGUCAAACGACGACUGGUCUCACUGUCUUAUUACUAUAUGUUGAUGAUAUGAUCAUCACGGGGAGUGAUCAUGUUGGUAUACAGGAACUCAAGGAGACAUUACAUCAGGCAUUUAAACUGAAGGAGCUUGGAGAUGUUUCAUACUUCCUGGGCUUGGAAAUCGAGCGCACGACACAAGGCAUUUUUGUGAGUCAGAAAAAGUAUGUUCGGGAUUUACUGGUUGAGUAUCAGUUCCUUGACUGCAAGCCAUGUCCUACACCUAUGGAGCAGAACUUAAAAUUAAGUAGAUCAAGUGGUGAGCUUCUCGAUGAUCAAACUAACUAUCGUACGAUAGUAGGGAGUCUCAGGUAUUUAAGCUCUACUCGACCUGAUAUAGCAUAUGCAGUUCAAGUUGUCAGUCAAUAUAUGGGGAUGGCCAGAACUCUGCAUCUUGAUGCCGUGCAUCGGAUCUUGCGGUAUCUUCAGGGUACUCAAGAUGUGGGAAUUUUCUUUCCCAGUCAUGGUGAGAUGACUUUAGAGGCAUUUGCAGAUGCUGAUUUUGCAGGAUGUGUCGAUACCCGACGGUCUACUUCAGGCUGGUGUGUUAGACUUGGUUUAUCUCCUAUAUCUUGGCGCUGCAAGAAGCAAGAUCGUGUCUCUAAGUCUUCAACUGAAGCAGAAUACAGGUCUAUGUCUGAAGUUAGCUCCGAAUUGGUAUGGUUGCAGCGGUUACUAAUGGAUUUGGGAGUUAAUUGCACGACGCCGAUGAGGUUGUUUGGUGAUAAUACUAGUGCAAUUCGGAUUGCUAACAAUCCAGUGUUGCACGACAGGACUAAGCACAUCGAGACUCAUGUGCAUUAUAUUCGGCAGCUCAUUCAGGAGGGAGUCAUCCAGCUCAGUUAUCUGUCAACAGAAGACCAGACUGCAGAUUUGUUGACAAAGGCUGUCGGCACUAGUCGUCACUGGUAUUUAUCUCACAAACUGAUGCUACGUCAGCAUCAUCAGUUUGAGGGAGGGUGUUGAAGUGACGACUUAAGUUUAUUUAGGUAGCUUUUAGUAAUUUACUUUAAUUACAGGAGUUAUCUAAAUAAACUAGUAGGGUUCGGUUUAUACCCUAGGCCGAACGUAUAUAUAUGUAUCUUGUAUGCACAGAAAACUUAAGUUGAAGAAGAGUGACUCUGGAGAGUUCUAUCUCUCCCGUGGACUAGUCCUGAUUCUCAGGGAAACCACGUAAAUCUUGGCGUUGUGUUUGUGUUUAUUUUGAGUUCUUAACACAAACAACGACUUGACAGUCUUGAUAGGUACAUAAUAUGAAUCAUAUAAGAGUGGGAAUAGGUAAUUUGUUAACUUCGGCCAAAAACAAAACAAGCAUUGAGUGUAAUCUUUUUUUCUAUUUCUUUUAGGAUGAAUAAAAGGAUCGAAUGACUAAUCUUACCUAAGACAUGAAUUUAUAUAAUAUCAUUAACUAAAAGAUAAGGUAAUGUAAAGAGUUGGUCCUAAUCCAUGGACAGACAUUAGAUAAAAAUAAUCAAUGAUAAGUACUAGGAAAACAAAAGUGGAAGCCAGCAAAUUGGCUUUGGUUUCAAUUAAAAAUAAAAAUUGGCUUUGGUUUCAAGUUUCAGCCUUUUUUUCAUUAAUGGUUUUCUUAUUACAGUAUUUGGUGGUCAUGAAUCAAUCUUGCAUAAUGAGUAGGGUAGGAUGUGCAUAAUCAUGAAUGAUUCUAUACUUACUAUUUAUAAAGAAUUACUAACUUUUUUCCGAUAUGUUUUAAUUAGCUAUUUUAUUUUAAGUUCAAAAUUAAAAAAAUACAAAGAUUAAUUGUGCUUUUUUAAAUGACAGAAAAAAUUGGUACUUUUAUUACCAAUACAUACCAAGCGGUACUAUUUGAUAUGUACAUAACAUUAUACCACUUGGAAUGGAAGUGUAUCAUGGUGGUAUGAACACAUCAGAGUGUAAAAUGAUUGCAUAUAUAUAAUUAUACAUGAUAGUAAAAAAAAUUCCCUGGAUAUUUUUUGGAUUUGAUAAAUCACGAUGAACUCAUUCCUUCUAGACAAAAAAUUUCAAAAUUUGAGUUAAAAACGAAGGUGGUUCCAAGUGAUAGCAGGUGGUACCAGGAUGGUAACAAGUGGUAUGAAAAUAUUUUGCUCGAAAUAUAGUGAAAUGAAUAUUAUUUUGUAGA